AUGCAUCAGAUUUACAGCUGCAGUGAUGAAAAUAUAGAAGUUUUCACCACCGUGAUCCCUUCCAAGGUGUCCAGUCCAGCCAGAAGAAGAGUCAAAAGCUCUCAACACCUCUUGACCAAGAAUGUGGUGAUCGAGUCAGACCUCUACACGCCGCGGCCCCUGGAGCUGCUGCCGCACCGCAGCGACCGCAGCGACCGCCGCGACGGCGAGGGCCGCAGGGCGGGCCGGCUGCACAGCGCGCGGCCGCAGGGGCCCCACCUUGCCAAAGCCCCGGCCAGACCCGUGGGGAGUUCGGAACCCAAAUCAUCAAAUCUGUGUGGGAAUCGAGCAUAUGGAAAGUCUUUGAUUCCUCCGGUGGCCCGGAUCUCAGUGAAAGCCCCCGGCGUGCUGGAGGCGGCGGCCCCAGGCUCGGAAAACGGAGCUGUUCUGACAAGAGGAUCCAGACAUCUCAAGAAGAUGACAGAAGAGUAUCCGACCCUUCCCCAGGGAGCAGAAGCCUCCCUACCACUGACAGGAAGCGCUUCCUGUGGUGUCCCUAGCAUCCUCCGGAAAAUGUGGACAAGGCACAAGAAGAAGUCUGAAUACGUGGGAGCUACCAACAGUGCCUUUGAGGCUGACUAAAGGUGACCCUCCCCAAGUGUCCUGAGUUGGCCAAAGUUCACUGCAUAUGGGGGAGAAAACUUCCAGAUUGGAACUGAGCCACAUUCACCUCUGCUAGUAGCUGGUCCAAACACAUCACCAUCUCUUACUAACCAAUAGCCCUGGUUUAGGGUACAAGCAAGGAACUCCCCUGGAAGGCAAAAGAAAAGUGUGCCUUCUUAGAAUCAAUGAAGCCAUUGGUCUGAAAGUGGCUUUGGGAGGUCAUAGAGUUUAUAUCCCUAUCUUUAAGCAAAACCACACCACAAUCAAACUUUCCCAACCCAUUUUAAAGACCUCCAAAGAAGGAAGCAGGCAAUUCCUCAGUCUUCCUUGUGAGUUGUUCUAAUGUGUGUGAUUUCUGGUAUAAAUAUAAGAGCUUGACGUUUGAGGCACUUGUAAACACCGUGGUUCUUACUAUUCCUCUUAUCACAUUUAUUUCAUCUUGACAAGGUACAAUUUUUAAUGACAAAGUACUAUAUAUUUACUUAUAGUUCUAAUAUCCAUUUGACAGUGUUGUCAAGAUCAGUAUUGAUCAUUUGGCAUGAUUGCAUGAUUACUCUUUUACAUGCAGCUUUUCUAUAGAGAAACAUGAUUAAAAAUUAAACAUUGAAUGCUAAUGUUUUCUGAAGUGGCAGAGUCUAGUGAAAUUAAUAAUACCUUGCACUGGCAAAAUGAUUUUAACUUUUGAAAGUGCUUUCCCAUCCAUUAUCCCUGUUAAAGAAAGCACAAUUAUUCCCAGUCUACAGAUGGGGAAGCCAAGACCUUAUGAGAGACAGUUAGUGGAACUGGAUACUAGGCCCUCGAGUCCACCAGACUCAUUGCUUUGCUUAUUUUAGCAACUGAUUUAAGGAAGGUUUUGAGGGGUAGGAGUAUGUCUCUGGGGGCAAUGUUUGAAAGGAAAAAUGUGAUAAAGUUGGAAAAAGUAAGUGAUUUAAAU